UAUUUUGUUAGAGAGAAAACUUGUUAGGAGCGUAGACAAAGUUGUACAAUAGUUAGGAAAUGAACAAGCAUGAACGUAUAAUAUAAGUAUAGACAUCUAAUUUUAUGGUUUGUAGGUAAUAUUAUAUUACUGUGGAGACAACGAGGAAUUUAUGUUUGUAGCCUAACGCAACUACCCUACUGUACAACCCUUACUGCUCGCAAUGGAAUAUUGUCACGUUGCCAUAUACUUAUCUUUCUUAAAUUAUGGGACAGAGGUCAGAGGGAGGGAGGAGGGUUUGGGACAUAAUUAUUAUUAUAUUUGUGGUGUUGCACUUCAGACAAUCUACCAGUACUAUAUAAAGGCUACCAAUGUUUCAAGUUCUAACAUCUUCAAAUUUGUUUAAAGAUCUUCCCCAACCUUCAAAGCAUUUACUUUUCCAAAACCCCAUUGGUGUAAUUCCUAUGUCAAUCUCAGCUGAUCUCUCCUUCUCCAUUCUCCCCUCAUUUUGGUCUACAUAUUUCAAUGAAAACAAUCAAAUUUCAAUCUCCAUUCUCUUAGUCUUCCUCGUUCUCACUCUCUUCCGGUUCCGACCCAAAUUCUGGCGUCCCUGUUUGCCUCCAGGUCCCUGUGGCCUGCCGCUGGUCGGUUACCUUCCAUUUUUAUCAGGCAAUCCCCACCACAAAUUAACCCAUUUGGCCAAAAUCUACGGCCCAGUUUACAAGCUCCGUCUUGGGCCCAAGCUCUGCAUCGUUCUCAAUUCCCCAGCUUCCGUCAAAGAAGCCUUCCACCACCAAGAAACUCUCUUUCCCAAUCGAGACACCACCGUUUGUGCUCUUCUCUCCGGCUACGGCGGUUCGGGCAUUGUCUUUGCCCAGGAUGAGGGGGAUUGGAAGAAGCUAAGAAAAAUCUUCACCCGGAAAAUGAUUAGCAAGUCAAACCUCGACGCGUCCUACUUUGUUCGAAGACAAGAGGUGAGAAAAGUGAUUAAAGGUGUGUUCGAAUCGGUGGGAACACAAAUAGACAUUGGGAAGGUGAGUUUCCAUGCGACAAUGAAAUCGGUUCUAGCAAUGACAUGGGGCGAUUCGGGGCGGCUGAUGGGAGAGGAUGGGGUUGGUUUGGAAGAGAAGUUUAGGGAAAUGAUGGAUGAACUGAUGGUGUUGCUUGGAAGUCCGAAUGUGUCGGAUGUUUUUCCGGUGUUAGGUCGGUUUGAUUUGCAGGGAAUUGGAAGGAGGACGAAGAAGGUGAUGGGUGUGUUGGAUGGGAUUCUGAAUUUUUCCAUUGAAGAGCAAAGGAAGAUGGGAGGAAAAGGAAAUGGUGAAGGAAAAGGAGGGUACUUGCAGUUGUUGUUGGAGCUUCAGGAUAAUGAAGAUAAUUCAGAGUGCAUUACGAAUGACCAACUCAAAGCUUUGCUAUUGGACAUUGUGAUUGGUGGAACGGAAACAACAGCGACUACAGUUGAGUGGGCAAUGGCAGAAUUGAUGCAACAUCCAAAUACAAUAAAGAAAGUGAAAGAAGAACUAAAGAAAGUGAUAGGUUUAAACGCAGUAGUAGAAGAAUUUCACUUCUCCAAAUUAUGCUAUUUAAAUGCCGUGAUUAAAGAGACACUUCGUUUACAUCCACCGAUUUUUCUAUUAGUGCCUCGAUCUCUUACUUCUUCAACCACUCUUGGAGGGUACUACAUCCCAAAGGAUUCAACCCUCUACUUCAACCUUUGGGCCAUUCAAAGAGAUCCUAAGACUUGGGAUAAUCCCUCCAAGUUUAUGCCAGAAAGGUUCAUAAACAAUAACAAUGAUAACGCCAUGGAGUUUUACCCAUUUGGAUAUGGAAAAAAAUCAUGUGCAGGGGUCGCAUUGGCCGAGAGGAUGCUGAUGUUCAUAUUGGCAUCUUUGUUGCAUUCUUUUGACUGGGAAUUGCCUAAGGAUUCAGUGAUUGAUUUUAAAGAGAAAUUUGGAAUUGUCAAUAAGAAGUUGAACCCUUUGGUUGCUAUUCCUACACCAACACUCUCCAAUUCGGACCUCUACUUGGCCUAAAAUAGGGAAUCAAUAAUUUAUAUUAUAGUUUGGGUAUGUUAUUCUAAGUUUGUAGCUAGCUUUCUAAAAGACUAGUAGUUGUUAUUGCAUGCUGCAAAAUUUGGCAAACUUGGAAAGAUGUAUUACCAUGUUUGGUAAAUGAAUUUAAUUAUAAAAGUAAGAAAAAAUAUUUUUAGUUAUUA